AUGGUCAAAUAUUGUGGAUAUCUAGUGCCAGACGAGUGGAUGUACCAGCGAGGCGUUGAGUUGGGUUAUCCCCGCCCCGUGACUGUAGAAGACAAAAUGGAUAUGCUUCUCCUGGCUUCGAGGGAUCUCAUGACGGAGACAGGCGUUUACUGCUACACCAAAUUUCGUCAUGUAAAAACCGCCAAGGGGACCAAGUUUUGGUGCAUCGCUUUCGCCUCAAACGAUCCUUCUGAAAGGUUACCAACCAGCUCACCGUCGGAGGAAAGAUACAAGGCUUUGAAGGAGGUGCUGCAGAGGAAAGGCCCGCCCGGCUGGUACCAAGCUUCUUGA